GGUUGGAGUAGCCCAACGGGAGCUGGUUAGUUUUUUUGUUUUUCAGGAAACACGCUAUCAAAUUUCACUCAGUUUACUCCAAAGUUAUCCUUGUAUCCAGCUCCAGCUCAAACUUGGCUCAUAACAGUUGUUGCAGCCGAGGCAGCGAUGUUUACUGCGCGGUGCCAGAAGUUAGUGCUUUGCUGCCUGAAGAUCAAUACCUGUUUACGGUCGUGUUGGCUGUCUCUCUCUAAAAACACAUGCAGCGGGCUAAUGGGGAAGCACCACCAUCUGCUCCUGCCAUCGCCUCCAACGAGAUGACCCCAGGAUAGGUGGAGCCGUGAGAGUCAGGAUAAUUCACUAUUUGGGUUAAGAUACCCUCAACCUGAACCUAAAGGAAACAAGUUGUUCACACUGGAAAAUAAAUUAUCCCAAAAGUUCCAGUGAGCCCUCAUGAUGAUGUUUUUGGUAUGGUUGGGUCUGCUUUGGCUGCAAAGCUGCAGUGCUCACAGCCUCUUCACCUGCGAGCCAAUUCGGGUUCAUCGGUGCAUGGGACUGUCCUACAAUAUGACUUUCUUUCCCAACAUGAUGGAGCACUAUGAUCAGGAUGUUGCAGACAGAAAAAUAGAGCCAUUUAUGCCCUUGGCAAGUCUUCGUUGUUCCCCAAAUGUCCACCACUUCCUGUGCCAGGCUUUCUUCCCAGUAUGCACUGAGGAAAAUACAGUGCUGCAGCCUUGCCAAGAAGACUGUGAGGCUGUAAUGUCCGAUUGUCAGGAGAAAAUUCAGAUGUUUGGCAUUAUUUGGCCUCCUGAGCUACAGUGUGACAAACUUGACCCAUGUGGCUUAGGAGAUCGUACCGAGCUUCCCACAACCACCCCAAUGAGCUCAAUAUCUGCUAAAAGGGACUUGGGCUUUUGGUGCCCACUGCAGUUGAAAGCUAAACCUGGCCACGGCGCAUCAUUCCUUGGAGCUCAGGACUGUGCUCCGCCAUGUUCCAAUAUGUAUUUUAAACCCAACAGCAUCGAAUUUGCCAAGAAUUUUAUUGGCGUGUGCUCCAUCAUUUGCUUGGGUGCCACUCUCUUUACCUUCCUUACUUUCCUCAUCGAUGUCAAACGCUUUCGCUAUCCCGAGCGUCCCAUAAUCUUCUAUGCAGUUUGCUACAGUUUUGUUUCACUCAUAUACUUUGUCGGCUUCCUGCUGGGCAACGGCGCAGCCUGUAACAAGGCAGUCCACCCUACUGGUGUGGACACAGUUGUCUUGGGCUCCCAAAGCAAAGGCUGUACUCUGCUUUUUAUGUUCCUCUACUUUUUCUCAAUUGCUGGAAUCGUCUGGUGGGUCAUACUCACCAUUACCUGGUUCCUGGCAGCUGGACCCAAAUGGAGCUGUGAAGCCAUAGAGAAGAAAGCGGUGUGGUUCCACACCGUCGCCUGGGGAAUCCCCGGAGCUUUAACUGUCAUGCUGCUAGCCCUGAACAAGGUUGAAGGGGACAACAUUAGCGGGGUUUGCUUCGUGGGACUCUACGAUCUGGAUGCCCUGCGCUACUUUGUGAUCGCGCCCCUGUGUGUGGGCGUCAUAGUCGGUCUCUUCCUCAUCCUAGCGGGCAUCAUUUCUCUGAAUCACGUGCGGCAGGUUAUACAGCACGACGAGCGCAACCAGGAGAAACUCAAAAAGUUUAUGAUCCGCAUAGCUGUGUUCAGCUGCCUCUACCUGGUGCCACUGGUCACCUUGUUAGCAUGUUACGCCUAUGAACAGAGUCAUCGCAGCACCUGGGAGAACACAUGGAUCAAUGACCGCUGCCAAGAAUAUAGCAUCCCCUGCUCACACAAGACAACGGAGCAUCAACGACCUGACCUGUCUCUGUUUCUGGUGAAGUACUUGAUGACCUUGGUUGUUGGAAUCUCUGCGGUGUUCUGGGUCAGCAGCAAAAAGACCUGCUCUGAGUGGGCCUACUUUUUCAACAGGACCCGCAAAAGAGAUCCCAUCAGCGAGAGCCGCCGAGUACUGCAGGAGUCCUGCGAGUUCUUCCUCAAGCAUAACAGUCGUGUCCAGCACAAGAAGAAACACUACAAGUCAACCUCACAUAAGCUCAAGGUCAUCUCAAAGUCUAUGGGCACAAGCACUGGCGCCACACCAACCAACGCCUCCGUUGGUGCUGGAACUUCACCUCUGGGAAAUCAUGAGCGCCAGAGCAAGGGCACUUCAAGCCGAAGCUCCAGGCGUGAGGACAAGGAGCGAGCAGAGGGAGAGAGACGUAGCAAAGGGGGGAGCUCUGGACAAGUUAGCAGCAAAUCGUGGAGUUUACACAGCAGAGUACCGGAUGCAUUGAUGACACCAAAGAGUGAGCAGUCAGAGGUCAGACCAGUUCCGAUCACACAGCAGGAUUCAGCUCAGGGCCCAUCUUCCGGCAUUGAAGACUCCACCCACCAGCAGAUGCCCAAGGUGUCUGAGGAGGAAAAGGACAUAAAGGACAGCAACUGCUGAGACACUGAUGGCAGGCACUUGACUCUGAUUGUAUCCAUUGGUUGAGGAAAAGUUACUUAGUGUGCACAGCCACAAAGUAAUAUUUAUACCUCCACAACUUCAAAAGUAUUUUUUUGUUCUCGAUUUGCAUUCUGAGUGACUUUAAGAUUUGUAGUAAUUUAGUCGAGUUUUUACCGAUAUAGCUCUAUGCCAAGUACUACAUUACCUGUGGACUGAUUUGAAACUGUAAGUCUUCUGUUUUUUAUGGCAAGCUCUUAAUGUGAAUAUUCUGUUUUCCCCUCCAUUCAAUGGAUUAGUCACUACACUGGGCAUUCUAAUGUGAGGUCAUGAUGUUUCCAAACCUUCAAUAAGAGGGGGAGUGUCCCUGUGGUUUGUUUAAUGUACUAUUCCAGGAAAGAGAGUGUGUCAUCAAAAAUCAUCAUACAGUUCUACUUUUAAAUAUAUGGUAAGUCAUGAUAAUUGUAUUUGUUUUCUUGAAUGUUUUGGUUGUACAGCUCCUCACUUUGUUGGUUGGGCCAGUGAAUGUUAAUUCGAAGAGUGUUUUUAAUUUGAUAAUUUGCUUAAUUUAAAAGGUAAAAGCAGAUGUUUCACAUGUGUCGGUGAUGUCAAUGUUGGCAUUAAAAUCCGUCUGUGAAAACCAAACUUGAUUUGGUGACCAUGCAGAGCUAUUUUUAUUUUAAAAUGAUUUGUCAAAUUUGUUUUGGUGUUAUCUAUAAAAUACACUACACUUAAGUCUUUCUCUGAUUUAUACUAGGAUUCAUCGUCAAAAUCUGCUGUGCAAGGAUUAUACAUUUCAUUAAAAUGUUACCUUCCUGUUUAAGUGUCAAGGUCGUCUCACUGUGGCCAAUUUAAAGGGAAACAUUUAUCUGUUACAGAUGCUGAUAGUGGCUAUAGCUUUUUGUAUUUACUGACAUUGUUUCGCUGCUUCUUAUCUCUUUUAAAUAUGCCUUUUUAGUUUUAUGUAUUUUUUUUACAACAAAAAAGCAAAACGUGAAUAAAAGAUUUUAUUGCAUGCA